AUGUCCCCUGAUCUGGAAAACCCGUGGUCCGAUGUGGUACCGAGCACAGGCGAGUCGUCGUUUGUCAUUGGGCUGUGCAUUGUUGAUUUCGACCACGUCCACGGCCCAGAGAUAGAGUACUGGCUCGACGACCGCACAAAUGAGUACAACCAGGCCUCGAUGGCAGCCAAGUUUGCGCAAAUAUGGCCGCAACUGCCCUUUCAGGGGCUUCCCGACGGCGCGCACCUGUUUGACGAAGCAUUUACGAAUUUCACGCUUGUCUACGACGAAAAAAAUCACCUCUGUCCUCCGCUCCCCAAGGAGAAGACAGACAAGCAGUACGAUCUCACGACACUUUUUGGAUGCGCGUGCGUGCGCCAGCUGAACAGCAGCGCAUUAGCAGACGCUGCGGACUUCAAGCGGUCGAUUAUCCAAAAAAGCGUCGUGAUGAUCACCCGAUACCCGAUCCCGAUCCAAUUGAAGGAAAAAUUAAGCAUAAUCACCAUGAGCUACUUUGACCAGCACAACUUCCACGACAAGUCCAUAAUCAAGGCCCUUUUCGAGAACGUGGCCACCGUCUACAACUCGCACGGCUUCAAGGUUGAAGACGACGAUCUGUACGAGACCCCCGUGACCCAGGACAACGUGAAAGUCAUCAAGGAAAGCGACUUCUACACGGGGCUCAAUCUUAAAGAGCUGGUGGUGACAUUCAAACGCAACUUGUUGGUCAUCUACAAAGCGUUGCUGCUCGAGCAACGCAUCCUCGUGUACUCGAAAAACCUCAACCGUCUUUCCAACUUCCAGUACUCGCUUCUUUCGCUCAUACCGAACUUGUUGCUCCAUCUUUCCGACAGCGGGAGCCCGUUAACCGGCAGCGAUCCCAGACAGGUCGAGAAACCAACCUCACUGAAAAGCAGCGACAGACAGUCGAUGCUGGCCUUCAUGGGCCUCCCGUUGCGAAUAUUUGGCAGGGGAGGCUUUUUCCAACCGUAUCUGACUUUGCAGCAAAUCGAGUAUCUGACCAACGAGAACACGAGCUGGUAUCUGGUCGGCUGCUCGAAUGACAUAAUGCUGCAUCAGAAAACGCGAUAUGCAGAUCUGGUGGUAAAUCUCGACGACUCAAACGUCGAACUGCUGAGCUCGCAGUUGAAGGAGAAGGUGGCGCUCACGAGCGCAGAUCGCCGCUUUAUCGACUCAUUGAGUGACGAGGUGCUUGCCGCAGACGACGUGAGCUUGUCGCUGGCAAACAGCCCAAUGGAAUCGCAGUCGUACCGGGGCGGCGACGAUUUUAUCCGAUACAACUUCGAGGAUUACCUAAUCGGGAUGCUCUCGAGCAUCAAGUACGACAACUUCCGCAGCAUGUCCAAGCUGGAAAAUGUCCAGCAGCUGAGCUCGUUUGCGAACGAGAUCGAGCAGUUUGGGAAUCCGUUUGUGGCGGCGUUCCGGGCCACUACUGCCUACAAGAUAUUUGAUCGCGGGACCGACGACGAGCUAUUCAAUUUUUUCGAGCCCAAACACGUCGGCUCCAGCCUUGUCCGGACAAACGUGAUUCGGAACCUGUUCAGCAGAAUCAAAGACGAAGAUCGCAAGUAUUUGUCGGGGCUGUUCGGUUUUAGGCGGAGCGAAAAUAAAAAUGGCUAG